UUUGGAUCGAGAAAAGAAAACCCUUGUACAAAACCCUUUUCGUUUGAAACCCUUCCUAUGUGGACAAAACCAAAACCUCUGCCCUAAUAUUCUUUCAUUCGCUCAACCAUCUCUCAGGACUGACCACCGCAGCAUCACCGUCCACUCCACCGCCUUCACCACCACCCACUAUCAGCGCCCGGAGAUGUUGCUGUUUAACCAUCCUGUGAGUUAUUAUCACUAACUUAUUGAAAUNNCACUCUUUCAAUAAAAAACAAUUUUAAUUUUCUAUUCGCACCAUGUCCAAAACUAAUAACAUCCCCUCAAACUCCAAUACACCACCACCCAAUUUCUCAAAUUCUACCAACAACCACCAUCCCCAAAUGGGUGUUGUUGGAAAUUAUCAAAAUCAAAACUUGAUGCAACCCUUUAUCCCAAACAUGCAACAACCACCACCACCCCCUUUCAUGAAUGCUCCAAUGUCUCAUAUGGGUCCUCAAAACAGUUCAAAUUAUAACAAUCCAAUGUUUCCUGUUCAUGGUCAACAACUCAUGCAUAAUUCACCAGCUCAAAUGAAUUUGUCUCAACAAAUUUUAGCACAAAGUAUUAUGAAUUUACUUCAGCAACCUAAUAUGAAUAUGAAUAUGAAUAUGAAUAUGAAUGUGCCAAAUGGACAGUUUUGUGCUCCUUAUCCAAUGCAGAAUAUGAAUCAACAGUUACCUAUGCAGAGACCAAACCUUUCUCAGGCUGUUCCAUAUGGUGGUAAUAUGCAACCUGGUCCUCGUCCUAUGUAUGGGUUUCCUAACCAAAUGCAACAUUCUAUGGUCCCUCAAAACCCAAUGUUUUCUGGAAAUUCUCAGUUUGGUGUUGUGUCUGGAAAUCAAGUUAGGCCACAGAUUGACCCAAAUGAAAAGAACCGGGUUCCGACCAAUGGGAACACUAAUGCUUUUGUAUCAGGAGGACCUUUUCCUUCUCAGCAGUUACAAGGGAAUAUAUCUGCACCACAUAAUACAAAUAAUGCUCAAAGUUCUGCAUUUAGGAAGUCACACUCACAGGAAAAUCCUAACAGCAAUAUCAAGACUAAUUUUGCAAACCCUAACUGGAAAGGAUCACCAAACAAAAACUUCAACAAUAAACCAAAUAAAGGAGGAUUUCAAGGAGGGUUUCAGAAGUCUAAAUCUCAUGAUAACAAAGGAAAUAGGAGAACGAGGUUUCAGAAAGAACAUAAGGGAAAAGGUCCCAACAAUGAGAAAGCAGGAAAUUUUGGUUUAAAUUCUGAGGAACUUCAGCAUGAACCGAAAAGAUCCUUUUCUGUGACUUAUUCUGAGCAAGAAAUUCAACAAUGGCGUGAAGCACGGAGGAAGAAUCACCCUUUCAGAGACAACAUUGAGAAGAAGCCGAGUGAGCGAUUGAAAGACUCCAAGGUCAUCGAUAGAGAGGUCUUACAAAAAGAGCUCAAAGAGGUUUUAGCAAAGCAAGCUGAGUUAGGAAUUGAAGUUGCUGAAAUACCUUCAUACUACCUGAAGAAUGCUGAAAAUCAAAAUCAAGGCAUUCAGAGUGAAGGGAACAACACAUUUAAUGACCAAAGAAAAUUAAAAAACAAGUCAAGGAGGAGGAAUCCAGACAAAAGAAACCGGGGUAACAAGAAGCAGAAGCUUGCAGACAGAAGUUUUUCGGAAAACAAGAAUCCAACUUUAUUACAGAAACUCUUGAGUGCAGAUAUAAAGAGGGAUAAAAGCCACCUAUUUCAGGUUUUCAGGUUCAUGGCGGUGAAUUCGUUCUUCAAAAACUAUCCUGAUAAGCCACUGAUAUAUCCAUCGGCUGUGGUUAAAGAAACGGGUUCUGAAGUUUAUGGUGGAAAAAAACAAUUGCAAAGUGGGAAAGAUGCUCUUGAACAUGGUAAUAAAGAAACGGUUCAAAAACAUGUGAUAAAGGAUAGUGAUAAUGGCCAUGAUAAUGAAGAUGAAGAAAGUGAUGAGGGUGAUGAUGACGACAACUCUAAUGUACCUUACUUGGUGCAAGGAGAAGGUGAUAAUGAAGAUGGAAUUGAUGAGUUUGAUGAAGAGGAGGGUGAAAUUUUACAGUAAAUUUAAAGUUUGCUCUUUGUUGCUCAAAGAUUUUGAAUAGUAAGAUUGUAAUCUCGUGUUAAACCAUUUUUGUUUCCAUCAUACAUAUAUUGAAGUGUAGAGGGGCAUGAAAGGUCACUAAAGUUAUUUGGAAAAUUAAUAUAUUAUCAUAUAUUUGGAUAUGCA